AGGCCUCACAGUGUUUUUGUAAUCAAAACUCUCACAUAUAAAUAUUAUAAUAUUUCUCCAUUACACACUCACUUCUCUUCACCUAGCCGCCGCUGCAACCCUACCACCCUCCAGAUCCAAUGGCUUCAGAGAAGAAACUCGCGAACCCUAUGAGGGAGAUCAAGGUCCAGAAGCUCGUCCUCAACAUCUCCGUCGGUGAGAGUGGUGAUCGUCUCACCAGAGCCGCCAAGGUGCUGGAGCAACUUAGUGGCCAAACCCCAGUGUUUUCUAAGGCCAGAUACACUGUUCGAUCCUUUGGAAUCAGAAGAAAUGAAAAGAUUGCAUGCUAUGUCACUGUUAGAGGCGACAAGGCAAUGCAACUUUUGGAGAGUGGAUUGAAGGUGAAAGAAUAUGAACUUCUUAGAAAGAACUUUAGUGAUACUGGGUGCUUUGGCUUUGGUAUUCAGGAGCACAUUGACUUGGGAAUCAAGUAUGAUCCAUCCACUGGAAUUUACGGUAUGGAUUUCUUUGUUGUUUUGGAGCGCCCUGGUUACCGUGUGGGACGUCGCCGUAGGUGCAAGUCCCGUGUUGGGAUUCAACACCGUGUCACAAAGGAUGAUGCUAUGAAGUGGUUCCAGGUGAAAUAUGAGGGAGUGAUCCUUAACAAGGCUCAGGCAGUGUUUUAAUUCAACCAUGUUCACUUUAGGAGAGUAUGUUAUGUUUGCCAACUAUAGUUUGAUCUUUUUCAGAUAGUAUGUUAAGUUUCAGGCAGUUUUGGCAUCCCUCAGGUGUCCUUGUAGGGCAUCAGGCAAAUUUUCAAUGAAUACUUUUGUUUGUCAAUUUUGUUGUUUUAUGACGAAAGCUCAUGGAUUACUAUUGUGCUGUUAAA